CAUUGUGAAAAGAACAAAUUUUUAUUUAUACGAGCAUAUUCUAUAAAAUCAGCUACAAUGUCCAAAUUGACAUCAUUGAUACUUUUACUGUCGAAACAUAAGUUGAUAAUCAUAACAUUGAUCGGUGUGAUUAUUGGAAUGUCGUGCGGUUUGAGUCUUAAGAAUUAUAGCGGAAGAACAUGGUCUCAACGAGAUAUCAUGUACAUCAAAUUUCUUGGAGAACUGUUUCUUAGAGUGGUAAAUUGUUUAAUAUUACCACUUGUUACGUCCAGCAUUAUAAGUGCCACUUGUAAUCUCACCAAAUCUGGACCUAUUGGAUUCAUGGCAUUGUGCUAUUAUCUGACGACUACUACGAUUGGAAUAACUUUAUGUGUUAUACUUGUUCAGACAAUUCGACCGGGCGAAUUAAUGAGAGACGAAGGAGCUAUAAGUACAUCCACGAAAACCUUUAUGACAGUGGACACAAUUCUGGAUAUGUUUCGUAAUCUUGUACCCGAAAAUUUAGUACAUGCAUGCAUGUAUCAGUAUCAAACUGUUUUAGAACAACCAGCCAAUGUAUCUGCAGUACCAAUAGAAGAAUGGCCCAUAACGAGCGAAUAUGUAGCAGGAACAAAUGUCUUGGGUUUAGUAUUUUACAGUCUGUUAAUAGGUUUAGCAAUUGGAAAAACAGGUGAAAAAGGAAAGCCAUUGUCGGACUUUUUUACUUCCUUGACCAAUGUGACGAUGAAAAUUAUGAGAUGGGUAACACUGUUGGCACCAGUAGGCGUGACUUUCCUUAUCGCUGGUCGAAUGCUAGAAAUAGACGAUUUUAGCGAUAUAAUAAGCCAUCUUGGAUUUUAUAUCUUAACAGUGUUCGUUGGACUAACACUGCAGGGUUUUGUAAUCCUGCCGCUACUUCAUUGGAUCAUCACGCGUAGAUCGCCAUAUAAAAUUAUAUCCAAGCUUGGCCCAUCUUUUGCAGCAGCCAUUGGAACAUCGUCAAGCACCGCCACGGUUCCCUAUACAAUAAAAUGUUUAGCAGACCUCGGCAUAAAUCCCAAGAUAACAAAUUUCAUUAUACCGAUUGGAGCAGCAAUAAAUAUGGAUGGAAUAGCUUUGUAUGAAACUAUUGGGGCGAUAUUUAUUAUACAAUUACGUGGUCUGCAAUUCUCAUUGUUGAAGAUAAUAAUUAUCAGUAUUACAUGUACAGUAUCCUGCGUGGGCGCUGCUGGUAUACCCAGUGGUGGUUAUAUGAUGUUAAUAAUGGUAUUAAAUUCUAUAGGAGUACCUAUUGAAGAUGUUUCACUAAUUAUCGCUGUUGACUGGUUCAUCGAUCGUUUUAGAACGACAAUCAACAUUAUAGGUGACGCGCUUGGUGCAAGCAUUAUAUCUCGUUUUUGCAAGAAAUAUCUGGAAGAGGAACAAUUGGAAGACGAAAUAUAUCCACUGGAAACAAACGUCUGCAAUAUGAAAAUUCCGUGCCUAUGAACAUCCCGAUACCGAAAAUUAAAAUUAAAA